AUGUCGUCUCUGCCCGCUGCCUCCCCUUCCCCCCCAGCGACCUCUGCCCUCAGACGCGUUGCCAUGGAGACCUACUGGAAGGAAGUACAGAGCAUCGAGGAGGAGGAGGAGGAGGAGGAGGAAGAGGAGGAGGAAGAGGAGGAGGAGAGGAAGAGUAUAGACGAGGUGGAGCUGGAGGAGGCGUGGCUAACGGAGGCGGGGCUGUCGUCCCUGGUAACCAGCUCGUCGUCAGAGGAGCCGCCGGCAGAGGCGCUGCUGUCCACGUUGUCACGGCAACAGGUCGCCACGGUGAGGAAGAGGCUGGAUAACUACACAGAGACACUGAGGAAGAGGAACAGGCAGCCAAUCAGAGACGUCCGUGAUAUCUUCACUGUGGUGAGAACACACACACACACACACACUCACACACACACACACUCUCACACUCACACACACUCACGUCGAUUUCACAGAGAAACUAAAACCAUCCGUAGAAACAGCUGCACAGGUACGAUCACUCAUCCUCCAUCCAUCAUCCAUCCAUCCAUCCAUCCAUCAUCCCCUAACCCUAACCCUAACCCAGCAUCACCUGUGGACGAGGUGAGAGCAGCUGAUUGGCUGCUGAGGGACUGUCCGUAUUCAGAGGGCGUGGCUGAACACAAAGGGGGCGGGGCUUGUUGGGACUGCCAACGUUUCCAUGGAGACGACAGCAGUAACCUGCUGUUUGUACCUGUCUCCCCCCCCCUCACCGUUGCAGAUGACCUCUCAUCAUGUGACCUUCGGCGUCUGGGCUUCAUCGCUCACAUCGAGCUCUCCACCUUCCUGCUGUGUCUGGGCGUCCGAACCAAGCGCACCCGCCCGCCUCGCCGCCGCCGCAGGGACGGCGGCGUGUUCGGCGUUCCUCUGGACGCGCUGCUGCUCAGCGACAGGAAGUCAGCGGCCGGGGUCAAAGUUCCCAUCGUGGUCCAGAAGUUGUUGUGUAUUUUAGAGCAGAGCGGUUUACAGACUGAAGGGAUUCUCAGAGUACCAGGAUCAGCUGCUAGACUAAAGUACCUGCGUGGAGAGAUAGACAGGUGCUCCGGAGGGUUCGACUGGUCGGCAGUGAGACAGGUCGACGCUGCAGGUCUGCUGAAGCUCUUCAUCAGAGAACUACCCUCACCCCUGCUGACACACACACACCUGACCUCCUACCUCGCUGUGCUGGGUGUGCCGUCGGUGGUCCAUCAGGUUCAGGCUCUGCAGCUUCUGACGUUGCUGCUUCCAGAAUCCCACCGAGACACUCUGAGGGCUCUGCUGGUCUUCCUGCGUAAGGUGGUCUCUCACCAGGACCAGAACAGGAUGUCUCUCUGGAACGUCUCCAUGGUCGUGGCGCCCAACCUGUUCGCCUGCCGUCACCGUGGUAACAAGCGCUCCAUCACCAUGCAGCAGGAGGAGAUGGAGGAGGCGGUGAGGGGGGCUCACCUGGUCCAGCUGAUGAUCACACACCAGAACCUGCUGUGGACCGUUCCCGCCUUCCUCCUGUCUCAGGUGAGACAGCUGAACCAGGUGUCCAAACAGAAAGAAGGAAGUCUCGCCAAGACCACAAGACGACUGCUGAAGAGGAAAAAUGACAAGAAUGACGAGAACCAGGUGACUGAGCUGAGUGCAGGUGUGAUCCGGGUGCACGCCCCCCUCAACACCAAGGUUUCCAUGGCGAUACAACUUGAUGGACAGACGAGAGCAAAAGACGUCAUAGCACGCUUCAAGUGUGAGAACAGUCCUGUUCAGCAUCUCUAUGAAGUCGGAGGAAACAUCUGUAAGUGA